CCCCCCUCCCCCUCACUCCACUAUACCCCAGGCCAAUCUACUUGGGAUUCCGACACGCCUGUACUUCUCUUCUCUUGCAAAAUCACCUCCUCCUCUUCCUCCUCCUGGCUUUCAUGAGAGUGUUCCACAUUCUGUCUGUCUGUCAGAGCUCAUUCUCUGGUUCAUACCUCCUUCUUUGGUUCAGAACUCAUUCUCUGGGUUAGAGCUCAUUCUCUGAUUCAGAGCUUCUUCUCUGGUUCAGAGCUCAUUCUCUAAUUCAGAGCUUCUUCUCUGGUUCAGAGCUCAUUCUCUGGUUUACAGCUUCUUCUCUGGUUAAGAGCUUCUUCUCUGGUUUAGAGCUCAUUCUCUGGCUCAGAGCUUCUUCUCUGGCUCAGGGCUGACUCUCUGGUUCUGUAAUUGAUGGGUGCGAGUGUUAAUGGAGGGGAAGGCAAUGGGUACAGCAGCAGCUCGGAGAACAUAGCGAAGGAAUUUGCUUGGGUGCCGAAGAGAAAGAACGGGAGCCAGAGGACAAUGCGGUGCGCAAUGUCAUGGAUGUUCGUGGGGCAGCUGGUGGUGGCAGCUUAUGGGACGGUAAUGUUGUUGCUGAUGAUGUCGACGGUGGAUCUUCGACCUGAGCUGCCCAGCCCGUGGUCGUUCCAGAUCGCCCAAAAGACAUGGCGGGGCAUUCUGCGUGCCACCAGUGGGUCCCUCAAUCGCAACCAUGGGUUGAUGCUGGUCGAGAAGGUGGAGUCCAAUCUGGAAUUGCCGCAGAGCAAUUCGGACGUUUGUGAAUUCGAGCAGAUCAGCUUCGAGCAAAAGAAGUCGAAUGAUUUGAGAAUGAUUCGGCUGAAAAAGGAGCUUUACACGGAGAUCCUGCGCUUUCAGCAGCGCUUCCGAGGAUGUGAAACGCUGAGGGACUUGAUGCGCUUGCCCUCGGCCACGCCUCUGGCGGCGGGAGCGAAGGUGACGGUUAUUCUCAACCACUUCAAGCGGAAGACAUUGUGUGCGCAGUUGGAGGCGUUGCUGCAACAGACGCUGCCGUUUCACAGUGUUUGGGUCAUGGCCUUGGGCAGCCCUAAUGAGGCUUCGCUGCGCAGAAUAGUCGACUCGUAUAACAAUUCGAGGAUUUUCUUUGUUGGCUCCACUUAUGAUUUCAAGUACUUUGGGCGUUUUCAGCUCGCUUUGCAGUCGGACGGGGCGGAUUAUGUGUACAUUGUGGAUGAUGAUAUGAUUCCUGGUCGGCGAGUUCUGGAGAUCUUUGCGCACGCCGCUGGGACGGAGAAGUACCAGAACGCUGUAUUGGGCAGCAUUGGGCGUAUCCUGCCCUUUCGACAGAAGGAUUUCAGCUUUCCCAGUUACCGAAAGUUUGGCGCCAAAGAGGCGGGAAUUUACUUGCCCGAUCCCGCCUAUGAUAUCCUUGCAGAGCGCGUUAUUGAGGUGGAUUUUCUGUCCAGUGGCUGGUUUAUCUCCACUCAGCUUGUUAAGACUCUCUUCAUUGAGAAUCCGUAUACCUUUGCCACCGGGGAGGAUCUUCAUCUCAGCUAUCAAUUACAGAAGUAUAGAGGCGGGGGCUCAUUCGUUUUGCCUGUGGAUCCCAAGGAUAAAGAUACAUGGGCUGAUAGCGAGCAUAGGCUGGCAUAUGUGUCUGAGACAACUGUGAUAUUCAAGGAUGUAAUUGAAGUGAGAGACAAGCAAUGGUGGCAAUACAUCUCUAGGGGUUAUAUAACUCAAUGGGCGAGAAUGUAUCCGCAGCAAAGUGAUGUGUUCUUUUAUGCACACUCACUUGGGGAGAUUGCCGAUCUAGCUCCGCUGAUAAGCCGCUACCGCAAUACACCCGGUCGAAAAGCGUAUGUGGUGGUCAGUGGGGGAUCUCACUGCCCCUGUGAAAAGGCUGCUGUCAUGCUUGGGAUGCCUCCAACUGUGUGCACUGAGCGUCGUUUCAAAAUUUUUGAUCUUGGUGUGGGUACUGGUGUGGUAGCAGGAGGUUCUGAUGUACCUAUUGUACAGGAGGUUUAUGCAUCCAUGAAGGGUCUUAUAGCAAUUCAUAACCCUUCUGUCAUUGUAACUGUAGCCGAUUUGGAUUCUGUUAUCCGGGAUGGAUUGAUUUUAGCAGUGGGAAAGGCUUCUGACACUGUUCUGAUUCAACUGCCACGUGCAUCUAUUCCUCAUGCUUUAUGGAUGGCUGAUGUCAAGCCAGCAGCUUUGAAGGAAUGGAACAGGAUGAGAAUAUCAGUGAAUAUAAUUACCCAGAAUAGAGCUGUAUCCCUGAAGAGACUUUUGGACUCGUUAACUGACGCCUACUAUGUUGGGGAUGAAAUUGUUAUCACAUUCAAUAUGGACAGUGCAGUCGACGCAGGAACCUUGAAGACAGUGGACAGUUUUGUCUGGCCAUAUGGGGAGAAAAUUAUUAGGAGGAGGAUUAUUCAAGGUGGGCUCAUUAGGGCAGUCAGUGAAAGUUGGUAUCCAUCUUCUGAUGAUGAUUUUGGUCUACUCCUUGAGGAUGACAUUGAGGUCUCUCCAUUUUACUAUAUGUGGCUCAAAUAUGCCCUUUUGGCCUAUCACUAUGAUCCACAAGUUUCCUUACCUGAGUUGAAUGCAAUAGCCUUGUAUACUCCAAGGGUGAUUGAAGUUGUUAAAGAGAGACCCAAGUGGAAUGCAACAGAGGCCUUCAAGGCAGUGCAUCCAAAUACACCAUACUUGCAUCAGCUUCCAUGCAGCUGGGGCUCGCUGUUCUUCCCCCAAAAAUGGAGAGAGUUUUACAAGUACAUGAAUAUGAGAUAUACUGACGAUGCAAAGAAGAACCCUGUGCAGAUACCUAAAUCUAGAACAAAUGGAUGGCAAGCAUCUUGGAAGAAGUUCUUGAUUGAUGUCAUGUACUUAAGAGGGUAUGUAACACUUUAUCCUAACUUUCCCAAUCAGAGAAGCUUUUCAACGAAUCACAUGGAACCAGGAGCUCACAUUGGCGCAAAAGACAAUAAUCUGACUCACAAGAAAGAAGAUUUUGAAGUUCCUCUCAUGAAAGAGGACUUCACUAAGCUAUUCCCACAGCAGAAGCUACCUCCAAUAUCCAAAGUGCCAGUAGUCAACCUCUUCAAUCAACCAAGCACCUUGAAGGGUCUCAAAUCUGCAGGAUCUAAGCUGCAACAGGAUGUGUUAAAAUGUAAGCUUACAGAGGUUGUAAGGGCAGAUGAUACCACAGGAGAACCUGCAAAUUGUGUUACUUUUUGAGGCAUUGUAUGGGGCAAUCCUUGGCUUAUGUCUUUCAGUCCAGUAUAUACAUUUGAGUUUAUUCAGCAUUUAUCCUCGACAUUUAUUUCACACUGGCAAGGGAAGAGGUUUUGUCCACAGUAAAUAAUGCAGAGCUAUCAAUCCAGGAUUACCUUGUAUACUUAAAUUUCGGUGCCUAUUUCAUUACAGCCACAAAGGAUUCGACAGGCCAAGCUGCCUUGGAGGCUGCUUUCAUGUUGAUGUUUUAAUUUGCAGCUGCCACAAUUGAUCUAAGGUGCUCCAAUGAAAUUGCUUCUUGACAGCCUAAGGAUUUACUCAUGAAACCUUCUUUCCAAGUGCUUACCAUAAAAUUUAGGUCUGUUGCUCCAUAGAGGAGCCUCCUGUGACAGGUUGGAUUCUGCUAUUCUAAAUGUUCCUCAUUUAUUGAGGUUUGCCUAUGCUAUUGUAUUCCAGACCAGAGUAUUCAAUAAAUAUCAAGUCCACAAGGAUAUUGAUCCAGAUUCGUUAUACAA